GAUUAAUACUGUUGCACCGUCCUCCACUACAAGACGGUACGCCUUAUAUUUAUGCUCACAGAUGUCUGAUAGCAGUGUGCAGAGGCUGAGGAUGGAGCCGUCUUGAUGUUCUGACUCCAGAGGGUCUGAAAAUCUCAAACAUGCUGUCUGGACGUGUUGCUGCUGCCUGCCGCUCCCUGAAGUGGACAUUACCUCACUGGAAAGCCACUCUUAACAAAACCUGUAGCCCAUCAAAGCCAGGGCGAUGGCUACUGGGAACUGUGGCUCAAAGAGGGGCCCAUAGAUGGACUACAGCGCCAUCAUCAAGGAUACACCAGCAGCCAGUGUUUAAAAGAGCGCCAGCAUUUGGAGAUAAGCUUGCGAUCAUCGACAGCAGCGGCGGCCACAGCUACAAGCAGCUGUAUAGCAGCAGCCUAAGUCUUGCAGGUAGAAUCAGCACCGCCCUCAACUCUGACUUUGGGGGUCUGAAAGGGAAACGAAUAUCCUUCCUGUGUGCUAAUGAUGCGUCCUAUACAGUGGCACAGUGGGCUGCUUGGAUGAGUGGCGGGACGGCAGUGCCACUUUACCAAAAACACCCUGAAUCUGAGCUGGAGUACGUCAUCUCUGACUCCCAGAGUUCACUGCUAGUGGCAGGGCAUCCCUACGCUGAAACGCUUGAGCCACUGGCACAGAGGCUUGGACUGCCAUGUCUGACACUGCCCUCCACUUCUAACCUGGACACUUCAGAAGGGACGGACCGCCAAGAGGAGGAGACAGGAGACAUCACAGACUGGGCUGAUCGGCCAGCUAUGCUCAUCUACACCAGUGGUACCACAGGGAGACCCAAGGGAGUUCUACAUACACACAGAAGCAUCCACGCCAUGGUCCAGUGUCUGCUUUCAGAGUGGGCGUGGUCCAGAGAUGACGUCAUCCUGCACACCUUGCCGCUCCACCAUGUGCAUGGCAUUGUGAACAAGCUGCUGUGCCCACUCUGGGUGGGCGCCACCUGCAUCAUGCUGCCUGAUUUCCAGCCUCAGAAGGUGUGGGAGAUGCUGUUAAGCUCCAAGGCUCCCCUGGUUAAUGUGUUCAUGGCCGUGCCAACCAUCUACUCUAAGCUGAUCCAGUACUAUGAUCAACACUUCACACAGCCUCACGUCAAGGACUUUGUCAAAGCAGUCUGCAAAGAGAGGAUCAGGCUAAUGGUUUCGGGCUCGGCUGCUCUCCCUCUUCCCACUCUGCAGCGCUGGGAGGAGAUUACAGGACACACACUGCUGGAACGCUACGGCAUGACAGAGAUCGGCAUGGCACUGUCCAACCCUCUCAGGGGCUCACGCGUCCCAGGGGCCGUAGGAUUGCCACUUCCUAGUUUCGAAGUCCGGAUCGUCAUGAAUAACACAACAAACACCAACAUUGUGGAGGGAAAUCACCGUGAGACUCGGGUACGUCCAGGUCUGGAGGGGAAAGAAGGGGAGCUCAUGGUUCGAGGUCCCUCUGUCUUUAAGGAGUACUGGAACAAACCUCAAGAGACCACAGAGUCUUUCACUGAUGACGGCUGGUUCAAAACAGGAGACAUCGCUGUCUACAAAGACGGUGUGUUUUGGAUCAUGGGCCGCAGCAGUGUUGACAUCAUCAAGAGUGGUGGCUACAAGAUCAGUGCACUCGAGGUGGAGCGUCACCUCCUGGCUCAUCCAGACAUCAUAGAUGUGGCUGUAAUUGGGGCCCCAGAUGCCACUUGGGGUCAGAAAGUCACUGCAGUGGUGCAGCUGAAGAAUGGGCAGACGCUGACCCUGCCAGAGUUGAAGUCCUGGGCAAGGGAGCACAUGGCCCCCUACACCAUCCCCACAGGCCUGCUGCUGGUGGAGGAGGUACCAAGGAAUCAGAUGGGCAAGGUCAACAAGAAGGAGCUCCUGCAACACUUCUUCCCAUGACUGGAUCUCUUCCAUAUGUAUGUCAACAUAGAUGUUCCUGGUGAAAAUGUGCAGAUGUACGCCACUUCACGGCUGUCCUAAGAUCAGACAAGUGUACAGAGGAAAUACAGUGUAAUGGAAAAAACACCUCAUAGAAAAUGACUUAACCUCUGAAGUAACUUAAUCACAGCUAUGAACACUGCUACAAAGGUACAUCUAUUACAUUGAUUGCCACUUGUGUUUAGCAUUGUUUAUCAGUUACUGUGCAAGAGAGGUCUGGAAAUCAUCCCUUUUGAUAUGUUAUGUAUUGAGGCAAUAUGAAACUCCACGAGAGCACACGAAAUGUGUGUCCAAAAUGAUCUGAAGUGGCAUCAAAAAUAGAUUCAAAUUCAAACUAACCAAUAUCGAUGUGACAGACCUAUAAUAUCUGAAACGUUGUAAAGUACUGUUAAUUGUUAUGCAACCUGAAAGGACCCACUUUUGUAGGGUUUGUAAUUGUGGCGUUGACUCUAAGUAGGUUGAGUAUGUGUUCACACUGGAGACAUGACACAAGUUAGUGUGCUCAAAACAGUUACUAUGCAGACUGAAUGGACAUGUUGUCCCAGAAUGGAACGGACAAAGGAAAUGCAGAUGGUAGUGAGACAGAAAACAAAGUAAUAAGCAUAAAAGCUUUGGGGAAAAAAAACAACUUUUUGCUAUCUUUCUCUCUCUGAAGUUCAUGUGACUGUAGCAUUAUGGGGCAGUUUUGCGAUAUCUUGUAUAGUAACUGCAAAAACAUUGUACUAUAAAGAUAUAGUACAUACUUUGUACAAUGUGUAUGUAGUACAGAACUGGGACUAAAAUACAAUGUUGUUAUAUUCCUGUUUAUGAAAUGUCUGCACCCAGAAGAACUGUUCAAUCUGCCUUAUUCAUGUCUGAGACUGAUAUCAAUAUGGCAACCUCGAGUAUCUGCCGAUACUUUUUCCCUAACUAAGAUGUUAAUAAUACAUUUGUAUGGAUGCACUUUGCCUCACCUAGCCAUCUAAAAAGCAUCAUGCUUAAACUGUGAACAAAUUAUUCCAAACCCCCGAGGGAAGAAAUGCACAGCCCAUAAUUUACUGCUGCCUCUUUUCUUAUUUAAACUUUUCCUCACAGCAGCAUUGUGGAUUAGUCGGCACCAUUCAAAUAUUAAAAUUGAAACUUUUGUUUAAAGGACAUUGUAAGUGUAGUGUAAAAUACUUGAUAUAACUCAACACUCAAUGUGGCCGAUACCUCGAUGACAUUUCUUGACACAUAGUUGAGGCUAAUCGUAUGAUCGCUGAUCCUAUUGGAUUAUAUAUAUGUUUUGCCUCCUGAUAUCUGAUUCAGGGAAUUUUAGAGCGAUACGAGUACUGAGCAUUGGAUCGCAGUGUCCUUUCCAUCAACUAGAUGUUUAACUGUUCCAAUAAAAUGACUGAUACACAGCGGUACCUGUUUGUGAAGAGUGCUUUCAGCACUUUUAUUGGUAUAUUCUGAUGUUAUUGGUGAAAAUUGUUUGAUCAGAGAAUACUAAUGGAGCGGUGUGACCAGAAUCCAAAAGCGUGCUUAAUUAAAUCGCAUUAAACCAAAUAAAAGACAAUGUGGUGGUAGAACAAUAAUGAACUGAAAUGGGAUCGUAGAGAAAACGCUGUUAUUGUGAGCGCUGUACACACGCUGGUGCACUCGAAUAACGGAUCAUGUUUUCCUGAAUAGU